GGGCGACUUCACCUCGUGUUUGAAGGUUAGGAAUCGUUUCGCCGCAAUUACAAGCCGACUUAUUUUGUUUUCAAAUUGUAUGCAUGCUCCUACCUUUCAAAAGUUACAUUAAAGAUAUUGAAAGUCAAGGGGACAUUGCUGGUGGCCAGUCAGUGCAUGUACAUCAGUCCUGUCACAGAACUAGUUUUGAAGACCUGAACUGGAGACUUGAGGACAGAAUGACUCGUUUGAGAAGCCUUUUCUUGUCCGCCGUCCUGUGCACACACAUCUCCAGUGUCAGCUCCAGACUUUAUGCCAGUGAAUCGACCUUGGUCAAAAAUGCCGUUCUCUCGGACACUGAAAAAGGCGACCUGCAGGAAGACUCGCUACCGGACGAGGGAGCCUUCCUCUUCUUGCCCGGAGACGCUCUGUCCUCGGUGGAGUCCCGACAAAAAAGAAUGUUUUUCAGAAAUAAAUACCACCUCCAGACGCAGCAAAGAGGCAAAGUAUACCAGAACAGCACGAAGACCGACCGGUGGAGCAAGUUCACCCUCUCGCUCGACGUCCCCACCACUCUCAUGAACAUUCUCUUCAACAUCGCCAAGACGAAGAACCUGCAGGCGAAGGCCGACGAGAACGCGCGUUUGAUGGCGCGCAUCGGAAAACGAAAGUGAGGCAGCUCUCUGCUAAUGCGUAGUUUAAAGCCGUUCAUGUUGCCCUGUAAUGAUACGCCUACUGAAAUUACACAGGUAAAAUACACCGAUUGUAUUUCCAAAUUCGCGCUGCUGAUGUUGUUUUCCCAGUCCUGACGGUUACUUCCUGGCAUUUGUAUGUACAAUAUUUAAAAUAAUAAAUGAGUAAUAUAAUUGCUUAAUUGUUAUAUCUGUGCAUACUAACCUAACUUUGUUUCCAUCAACUCCCUAUUCAUUAUAAUAUUGCUGUGAAAAUAUUCUAUGAGUGUAUAUACCCAAAAUGGAUCUAAUUAGCUAUGUUUUUUUAUCUUUAAACUGUGUAAUAAAGGUUUUGUAAUAAAAUCAGACUUGCCAUUU